AUCAGCUAGCAGGUAUUUAUACAUAUGUGCGAAUCAGUGGAAAGUUCAAUUGAAAGUCCGACCCAGAAGUAGAAACAUCUUUUAAGAUGGAAAAACAUUUUGAAGACGGCGUGGAAUAUCCUAAGAAAAUGGAUAACAACGAUAAACUAGGCCACUUCAGACAUAGAUUUUAUCUGACUAAAGGAGUCAUCAACUUGUGUGGCAAUUCAUUAGGACUCGCUUCUAAAGACGCAGAAGAAUCGGCAAUGGUCAUGAUGGAGCAUUGGAAAGAGUAUGGUAUACGGAUAUGGGGUCUCGAAGGCAGUAAAUAUUAUCUGUAUUCAGAGUACCUAGCAGGGCUAAUGGCACCAAUUGUCGGAGCUGAGAAAGACGAAAUCGCCGUAAUAGGGAAUACCACAACAACAAUCCACCAAGCGAUAAGUACCUUGUACAAACCCACUAAAGAGAAGUACAAAAUAUUGGUGGACGAUAUAAAUUUCCCAACAGACAGAUACGCAGUAGACGGACAAGUAAGACUUAAAGGGUACGAUCCUAAGGAUGCAGUAAAAGUAGUGCCGGCUGUUGAUGGCAAAUUUUUUGAUGAAGAUAUGUUCAUAGAAGCGAUGACUGACGAUGUGGCUCUAAUUUUGCUACCCGCCGUCUACUACAGAACCGCUCAAGUCGUCGACAUGAAGAAAGUAACAGAAGCCGCAAAAAAGAGGAAUAUUAUAAUCGGAUGGGACUUGUGCCACGCUGUAGGAGCUAUAGAAAUAGACCUUAAUUCUCUAGACCCCGAUUUUGCCGUAUGGUGCACUUACAAAUAUUUGAACGGUGGCCCAGGUUCACCUGGAGCUAUAUACUGUAACAAAAGACAUUUCAAGACACUGCCAGGAUUAACCGGUUGGUUCGGCAGCAAGAACGAGACGCAGUUCCUACUGCGUCAAGAGUUCGAUCACAAACAAGAUGCCAGCGGCUGGCAAAUCGGUACUCCAGGACUAUUAUCGAUGGCUACAAUAGAAGGGGCUUUAAAGAUAAUUUUGCAAGCGGGCAUGGGAAACAUGAGGAAGAAAUCUUUGCAUAUAACUGCAUACUUCAUGUAUCUGAUUGAGAAAAAAUUGUCCUCGUAUGGAUUCACGAUAGGAAAUCUAAGAGAUGACAGUAAAAGGGGAGGACAUAUAUGUUUGGAACACGACGAGGGGUAUAGAAUUAGUUUAGCUUUGAUUGCCCGAGGUGUGAUAGGGGACUUCAGGGACCCCAAUGUGAUAAGACUGACACCGACCGCCUUGUAUACUAGCUACAUGGAGGUCUACCAAACUAUAGAUAUUCUUUUAGACAUCGUAAAAACUGAAAGUUAUAAGGAAUUUCAAGUGAGACGAAACUUGGUAGUCUAAUAGGUAUGUAGAAUUAUGGCAUCAUCACUGUUACCGUGGCCCGUCUGAUACGAAAAUUUUUAAAAUUCUUUCGCUUACGCUACGGGGUAACGUCGCAAAGUCAAAUUAAAGUAACUUUUUAUUAGUUAAGAGAGUGGUCUAUUUGCGGCUUAUAACGUUAUAUAAUAUUAUUUAUUGACCAAAUUAAAUCACGACUAUACUCAACGAAACCUGACGUAUGGAAUGUCACGAUUUCAUUUUAUUUGCUAAUUUUAAAAGACUAAUUCGUUUUUAAAAAGUAAAUAUGGGUUUUAUUUUAUAUAGCUUAAGAUUGAAACCACAAAUGUUUUGGUUUUCAUUGUAUUUUUAAAAUAAAAAUAGGCUUAAACUAUAAACAAUAGUUGCAAUGUGAUUAUUUCUAAAUCCUUUUUAUCUUUACAUCUCACUAUAUGCCAAACUUAUUUAUAUAUGUUUGAAACUUAAUCCGCGCUGCGUUUACACGCAAGUCUGGAUCCACAAAAAAUGUACUACACCCACAUUCUAUAGCGUAAACUUAUUUAUUUAAAAAUAAGUGACUUAGAACGUGAGUCGCAAUAGUUUACUGUACGCAUAUUUGCGCUUUCAAUGCUUUUUCGCGUUUUCAACUAUUCUUAAACCGCGUGCGCAUAAACGCAGUAUGUCCUAAGCCUUAGAACUAGCUAUAUCCAGUUUAUAUUAUUAUUAGAUAAUUUAAAAAAAAAAUAUUUUACUACUUUUAUAAUAUAAAUAUAAAAAAACAAAUCAAAAACGCAUAAAAAUAUAUCAAAGAUUUGUUUAUUUAUUAAGUGAAUAUAUUAUACUCAAAUAAUUCUGUAUCGUAUAAAUAAUUAAUAAUAAUCUAAUAAUUGUUUUAUUGCACAAAACGACAAAUUAAUCGCAAUAACUUAAGUUACACAUUAUAGUAUAGCAGGAUAUAUAUAUAUUAUAUUUAUAUUUCACAUGAAUAGACUUGAAUAAAAAAAAAUAAUAUAUUGAUAAAAAAAAAACUGGACCUACAGAUAGCCCUAGGUGUAAUUGUAUAGGUGAAUUUAAUAAUCACACCACAACUUUACAAUUACACAAGAGUAAUAACAUAAUAAUAACCAGUGCUGACCGAUAUUUAUAAAAAAAAUACACCGUUGGCAUCAUUUCUCGUACAACUUAUUUAUAAGAAUGGAAAUAAAUGUCAAAGAAAACUAACUUUAUUAAGACUUAAAAUUUAUUAAACUCUUUUAAUUAUUAUAAUUAUUUUUAAAUUAUUUACAGUAAUUUACAUCACAACAGUAAUGUUGUAUUGUGGUCGUAUAGACUACAACAUUGUUAUUUUUACAUUUUUCAACAUAUUCUAAUACGAGGAACUAAUGAAAUGUCUACAAAAAUGUACCAAAUAAUGUCACUGUUCGAAUUCAUGAUUGCAGAACACGCUUACUUAAUUUUGUCCACGAAAUAUAUUUGUCUAUUUUUGCUAAAUUUCAAUAUAUGCUUACAAAUUACUAAAAUGCAAUCGUGAACAGCCGAGUUGGCACAUUUCCUAGAAAUGUGAACUGGACCUAAAUCACUAGAGCUAGAUGAAUCUUAUUACAAGCCGAACCACGAGUGAUAAGCGCUACAGAAAAGGGAGGGGAUAGUGGCGCAGUCAGAAACGAACGUACCUAUCUCGCAUGGAAUUUUAUGUAACAAUCGAUCAGCUGUUUAUCAGAAUGUCCAUACUUUUCCAAACUUUUUGCCAAAUAGGAUUAAAAAUGUUACUUCUGCGCAUACAAAGCACUCCCCACUCGUGGCACGACCCGCGCCGAUACCUGACGCUAUCGACAAAGUCACCGAAUACAGUUCUAUUUUAAAUUAAAUCUGAUUUCGCAGUCGCCGUGUUCUCAGAACGCUUUUUUGAUGCUUGUGUUCAAGCAAUAAGACACUUACGACCGGUUCCUGAACUGAGAAAAGUAUAAAUCUCAAUAACUUGAUUUUUUUUACUUUUGACAGUGAAAAAAGUCGUAGUUUUUAUAAAACUACUAUCAACUGAUCA